AUGUUCCGUCGCAAGAAGAGCGUCCGCCAUGCUCCUCUAAAUACCAAUCCCUCGCCCUCUGCGCAAACUGCGGCUCUCCAGGCGUUUCGAGCCUCCCAGCAUCCAACUCCCAACCUAUCCUCCUCCGCCGCAGCAGCAGCCCUUCGAAGCCAUACGCCCCCUCCAAUACCCGUCAGAGAUGUCCAGACCAAGCGUAUGCUGCGCAGGAAGCGGUCUACCUCAUCCAUCAGCGGUCCAGCAGGGAACACCCUCCCAGAUGACAAGAAUGGAGGCCUUCGAAGGGUUCGCAGCUCUGGGUCCAUGACUGCCAGGACGUUCAGGGACCAAUCACCUGCGCGAGGCGGUAGUGCUACGUCGAAUUUAAGUGAUAUCAUACCAGUUCCCCCUCUACCACGCGGAUAUGCGGCCUCUCCUCCGCAACGGCCUAGAAACUCGGAGCUACCAGGCGCUCAUGGGAUACCAGCGUCUAACGGGGCCGCGGCUGCUGCUGCAACAGCAGGACGCAGGGCACGGUCAGUGUCCAAUUUGUCUUUGGGGCUGUCCGAUCAUGAAAGGGGUGGAAGUAGGAACUCGAUUAAUUUCUCCUAUCCGAUGAACAGGCCGAACUCGCCCCGGCUAUCAAUUGCGUCGCUAGAUUCGCCGAGGAGAAAUCGACCGUCUUCUCCGAGAGCACAGCAGCAUCAGCAUCAAAAGGUCUCUGCUGAACAAGCGCAUGUACCUUCUACAGCGGCUCCCUCGACAGAUAAGCCGCCUACGUCAAACAAGCCACCGUUGUCAGAGUCUCGACCAACCCUGGUUGAUCAAGCCACACAGGUUGCGGACGAUUCCUUCGAUGAAACACCAUCGUCUCCACCCGGUAGACAGCAAACAGACAACAAGCAGGCAGUAAAGGAGGUUGCUGCUAAACCUCCAUCUACUCAUAAUGAUGGGACACAAACAGAUAACGAUGAUGACAUACGUCAUGCAUCAUCACCACCACCUAUCCUUGCCAGAAGGCCAUCGACAGUCCUAGAGCUCCAGGAAGAAGCCGAGGAUGAACAGCCUAACAAGCAACCUCUAAACCGCCACUCAAGCUUACAUAUCACCAAACAGCGUCAGUCAGUGGAACCUAUCAGACUGAGAGAACCGCCACCCGUCCAGCAGAUCAAAAACCAGGAGAAACGACAUUCACAGUCCCAGGUUCAGGGGCUUGCUGCUCCGCCUCCUCUGGACGUUCUCCAUAUCAGACCUCAUUCCGUCAGUCCAAAUCGGCUCACACGCUUCUCCGAGCAUCUAGAAAUACCAGACUCGGAGAAACAUUUACACAUCCCUCCCCCAAGAUCGCUUUCCCCAGCUAAGCCUGCCCUGAAAUCAACGCCCAACUCUUCCCCAGCGAUUCGCCCCGAGAGACCGGCUUAUCAACCGGGACAACCAGGCAGUGAGACGUCCGAGGGUACCUCCCUGGUCUCUGACGAUGGCUCAAGGGCGGGCUCUAAAAAGAGACAUCCUAAAGUCAGCUUUGAAGACGAGACAGAAGUCAUAGGCCACGGCACCAGCCCUCCUACUUCGCCAGAGUCUCUAACUUCAAGCCCACGGGCGUAUACUACAUCUCGGCCGUGGAGCGACAGUCUCAUUCGAUCAAAACUCAAUGGCGAUGAUUCGAAUGACUUCGAGCUGUUCUUCACUCCACGUCCUGCCCUGCCCUCAUUUGGCAGCAUACGAGGUCGCAAGCCGUCGCGAUCAAGAGAUAUCGAGACCGAUCCAAACCCUGCACUGGGCCUAUCUUCUUCCUCUGCUGACCAUGGAAUUGGUGAGGUCGUUUCUACCACUAGUGGAAGAAACCAGAGCAAACAUGAUGCAAACCCCAACUUACCACUGCCACCUGAAGUGACAUCACUAGAAGGCACCGGCUACAGCUCGCUAUCAGACGACAGUUCAAGCGAUGAAGGUGCAGACCUACGCGAUUUUCCUCCACGCCUCGAUAGCUUAAGGGAUAUAUCUGCGUCAAGGAACACGACUAACCAGGUUAACGGAGCUUCACCACCUCGCCAGACGGAGGCGGCAAACAACCUAAAACCGACUCCCGCGAUAAUUAUUCAGCCCGCUACACCAGGCAUGGAGGAGAUCGCGCACUCCAGACAAUCAUCCCCUGAGAUGCCCAAUGAUGAAAGCCCGCAAGGAAAUAACCCAUAUUUCUCGGCAAAUGAUGCCAAUCCUCAGAGCCGCGAGGUGCAAGAUGAUGAUUCUGAUUCAGGGAAUAGUGUCUAUAGCGAUGCCUAUGAAGACCUUUCAGACAUGGAGGGCGAUAGGUUUGGCUCUAUUGACGCGAUUGUCGAUAGAUCGGUAACAUCCGUGCCGGAGCCGGAGCCGCAGUCGCCAAUUACCAUGCAUUCCCUGCCUCAAGCAAGUGACCAAAAGGACAAGUCAAACGGUUCGGUGGAAUCUCCUGCAUCUUUUGAUAUUGCUCCAGAAAUGCAGUCGCAGUCUACUCAUCAACACCAACCUGAAGGCACUACCGAGGAGGAGGAAAGUCGCCGUGAAGUUCCGUCUACAGCUGAUCCAAUUAAUACAACUGGGAAACCUCUAUUCGAGGAGAAUCUGACAAGGCCACCUGUAGCUUCGACUUAUACGAACUCAAAUGCUGGCUCUUUUGGGCAGUUCAACCGUCACGCACCCGCUCUUCGCCCAAUCCUAGAAUCCAACGCAUCUAGUGGAAAGAAGCCUGUCAAGACAAAUGGAAGAACUGCUCCUACCAAUCGUCCCCAGCGAACAAUGUCAAACGCAAGCGACUCAUCAAGCAGUUUCAAACGGCCUAAGAGACUCCGCUCAACCGGGCGCUAUACUCUACGACGAACGAUGAGAGCCAAUGGCCCUGACCAUGGCAUGGAAGUUCUAUCGGACGGUGGCCUGCCGCCAAAGCCAUUUGACUAUUCACUAAACCACCGACCGUUUUCUUCUAGCGAUAGCCGUCCAAUGAUGCGAACCACACUGCGUCAACCUACAGGCGCCAAUACCUCGAGAUUCUCUGCGUUCACCGGCCGAGGAAAAUCCAUGAGGACAAACGGAUCGUCAUCAAAGCAGCAGCCGUUCAAAUCUAGAUACGAAGAUUCUAGUGAUGAUGAAGCUGGCGCUAUUAAACUAAGACCGGUCCGUGGUAUACCCAAAAGAAAAAAUGAAGCAGACGGGGACUCGACCGAUCUUGACGAUAGUUCCGAGUACGAAACUACAAAGAAUGUUUUGAGGCGGAAGAAGUCGAAUAAGUCGAAUAAGAUUGACACGAGGAAUAUUCAAGAUCCGGCCGUCGCUGCUGCUGUAGCAAGGUUAAUGGCUCCUAGAGACAUUGAACAUUCAGCUGCAGUCUCUGCCAUACCGGGCGCUGAGCAACUCCCUGAAUUCAAUGUGAAGCACAGGAGUUUUCUUUGGCGUCUUCACCUGCCAAAGCAUAAGAUACGUAAUAGAGAGUCAAUAUUACGAAAACCUGACACAGCAUUCGAACAACCAAGGCUGGGCCUGGACAAAGCUAGCAUUACUUCCCCGGCUCUGCCACAGGAAGACUAUUCUCGAUCCACAACUACCACCGCCAUCAAUGGACGUGUAUUGGAGCGUUCGGGAAGUGAUUGGCAAGUAAUAUCACCUAAACUUCAGAAACGAGCUAGCAAACUGGUCCAUCGACCCGCUGCUGAUUCCUGGCCUCUUCGUUCAAACGGGCACACUGCAUCCUCUUUGCAAUCCUCACCCAGCACAACAGAGACAAGAAGGCCGACAGUGUUACCAAUGCAAGACAUCACUAAUGGCAAGGACUCAAACGCUCGCCCUCGGACAGCAGAUAGUGUGGCAGCACAGAACAAUACACCACUUACCAAUGCAACGUCCAUCUCAAACAGCCCAUCAAGCCCGGCCAGAACCGAAAAACCUCUCUGGACAUCUCGUUUCCGGCCCUCGAGGCGUGGCACAGAUGAUAACUCGACUGCAUCAGCGAUAUCAGAUGUGCACCUCUCCUCAUUACGGACGGAGGUUUCCCGACGUGAGAAAAAAGGGAGAUUUCCAAAACUGAAAAAAGUAUUUGGGAUUUCCUGA